CGAUGCUUCCGCCCUCCCUUUCUCCAUUGCCUGGCCGAGAUGGCGCCGGUGAGUUUCUGUGCCGGGCGGGCUGUGGCGCGAGACACGCGUGGGUUAAAGGAGGGCAGGAAGGCUUCCCUGCUCCCUCCUCUCUCCUCCCUCCCUCGCCUGCUCAUUUCCCACACACUAGUAAGCCUUGCAGGGCUGUUGGGAGGCUGCUGUGUAGCUGUGACCCCAAACCCCCCUUACCUGGGAGUAAGCCUGUUGAAUUCAGUGGGAUUGCCUGUCGUGUUUGGUACCCUGAGUUCAUGGGCGCCACACACGUUUUGCAAGAUCACGUACAUAAUGCGAAAUAAGGUCUGGAGGGCUCUUGCGAAGAACUUUCUUAACUCAUUGCCAGUUUUCUAAGGUACCUCAUUCACGUCGUCGUGCUUUUCGGGGAUGGGUUUCCUAAUCCUCUCACGCAAAGGGAGAUGUUGCAAGAUUGCAAUUUGAGUUCAUUCUUGAUCAUUGGACUCCGCUGUCUGGGAGUCCAGCAACAUCUGAAGGUCACCCAAGUUUGCUGCUCCAGCAAAAAUGCAUAGGACAUCCAUAAAGGGACAUGGGAAAUCUUGAAAAGCCCGUGGAUAAAUAAAUGUCAGUUGGCAAUAGUAAAUGAUGAGUGUCCCCAGUUCUGCAUCUUGUGUAUUACCACCGCUUAACUUUAGGUAUACAGUGGUACCUCAGAUUAAGAACUUAAUUCGUUCUGCAGGUCCGUUCUUAACCUGAAACUGUUCUUAACCAAAGGUACCACUUUAGCUAAUGGGAGCCGCUGCUGCACAAAUUCUGUUCUCAUCCUGAAGCAAAGUUCUUAACCUGACGUACUAUUUCAGGGUUAGCAGAGUCUGUAACCUGAAGCGUCUGUAACCUGAGGUACCACUGUACAUCUUAACAUUAGGUAUACAUCAGAAGAAAGGGGGGGGUAGCCCAGUGCUAUGAUAGCCACAAAUGAAGGAAUGACACUUAAUCCUGGUCUUCCAUAGCACUUAAGUCCAACCUCCCCCUCCCAGGAGUUAUUAUUUAUUAAAUUUCUAUAAACCCUUCAUCGGAGGAUCAAAAGGUGGCUUACAAUAUAAAAACACAAAAAUACAUAGUAACAAAACCAAAUUCCCUCCCCCUCCCCCAUUUAAAAGACCAUAGUGUUUAAUUAGCAAAAAUUCAAGGUGCUGUACAUCCUUCUUCCUCUCACUGAAUCCCCACAAGAACACUUAAAAGUAGGUUAGGCGAAGAGGUCGUUACUGGCCCAAGGUCACCUAGUUAGCUUCAUGGCUGAGUGAGGGGUUGACCUUAAUCUCCCAUAUCCUAGUCUAGCAUUCUAACCAAUUGACUGCCCUGACUGGACAGAUUCUGCCACCUCACAGGUCCUGGAUAUGGGCCUUUUGGAUUCUAGUUGGUGCUCGUGGCAGAAACUGCUCUUGUUUGUUUGGCGCAAGGUCCUCCGUUAAUUUAGUCUAAAAUAGGGUAACAAAAAAAGUUGUCCCUAGCCCUUUGAGAGGAAAGCAAAGUUAGCUAUUAAAGAGCUGUUAAUUCUUGUGCUUGGCUUGCACCGUCCGUAAGGGUAGGUGAUGAAAUUUUGAUUGCUAAUAUAUUUUCUGUGUUAAGUGAAAGUUACUGGAUAAAGAAUAUUGGUUAAGUAGAUAAAUAUAUUAAGGCAUGUCUGAUAUAUGAGGUAUAUAUUUCCUCUUGACUAUACUGAUCGAAGAUAAGGAUCAUAAAAUAAAUACUAACUUCAGGGGCAUGUUUGGUUUUCUUUUAGCAAAAGGACAAGAAACUGAAAAAAUCAACUUGCAAGUAUAGCCUUGACCUUACCCAUCCUGUAGAAGAUGGAAUAUUUGAUUCAGGAAAUUUUGUAAGUAGUUCUGCUGUUCACACUUCUUUGGUCAUGUUUUAAUGGCAACAUACAUUGAAACUUAAGGAAGGAAGCUAAAAAAUUCAAAUGCUUGAGGUUUCUUUUAAAGGAAAUUAAGUCUGUGCGUGUUUAUAGUAAAAUUCAUGAUAAAUAGUUGUCCUUUAGUCAAAUCAGCCUAUGGGUAAGAAUUUGACUCCUACAACUGUAAAUCAUUACCAGCCAAUUAAUCACAUCCUGUUUUAAUUCUUACUGCCUGCAAUUACCUUUGCUUGAGCAGGGAGGUUUGGAUUACAGACCUGGAUGGGAUAAUUAUUUAGCCUGGCUUAGUGACUAUCUUAAUCAUAAUCCAGAUGGAUUCCAUACCAAAUGACUAUGUAUCUUACCAAUGUUUUGGUAUCUUAAAAUAAAUAUAUAGAGAGAGACAGAUAUUGUAGGUUAUGAAUUACAUUAAUAGGAAUAUUUCUAUUCAUUUAUUAUGAUUCUUGCAUGAUUUAUUUGCAUUCUGUGACUGUAAUAAUGGAUUUUCUGGCUAGGGUCACUUCCCUAGUUCCACAUCUAGGGCACCAUUCCCUAGUGUUGCAUUUUUUUUGUUUUUCUUGAAUUAGGAACAGUUCCUGAAGGAAAAAGUUAAGGUCAAUGGAAAAACUGGAAACUUGGGAAAUGUAGUUCAUAUUGAACGCUUUAAGAACAAAAUCACAGUGACAUCUGAAAGGCAGUUCUCAAAAAGGUGGGUGUUCUUUAUUUUGUGUGGUGGGAUUUUCUUUCUGAUUUUAGCUCAAACCUCAGGACACGUAGCAAGAAUUGUAAACAAAUUUAAAAUGUGGCUUUAGUUGAAAUUCCCCAGUUAAGCUAACCUGAAGUAGCAGCAUUUGAGGCUGUUUAUUAUCUCGUGUCUUUAGCAUGUGUGUCUGUGCCAAGCGCACACUUGACACCUAAAGACUAUUUGCAGUUCUGUUCUGGAAUACCAGCUUUUGUAAGAGACCUGGAAGACAAAGUUGGGCUAUUUAAUUUGCUCAGCUUCCUACAGUUGAUUUCUUAACUAGUAUGAUAUAUUUGAAAGGAAGCUAAUGAAUUUCACUUGAUUUCCAAAUAUGUGUUCUUGGGUUGUUGUUUUUUGUGGGAGAGCAGUGUAAUAUUUUGGCAAUUCCUGGAGUGGUCUAGUUUUUGCCUACUCAAUUGGUCACUCAUAGGAUCAUAUUAAACUGUCCCAUACCAAGUCAGACCAUUUACCUUUUUUCAAAGAGGGCCAGAUUUGAUGCGCAAGGGCCAACCAAAGUUGUUGAGCUGCCACAGGGGCGGGAUGAGGCCCCCAAAAGGGACUUUGGACAUGCCUGGUCUAGGCUGAUGGCAGCAGCACUCUGGGGUUUCAGAGACUGAGGCUCUCCCAACCCUGUCUAGAGAUGCUGAGGGUUGAACUUGGGACCUUCUGCCUAGGGGGCAGAUUCUCUACUACUGAGCUAUGGCCCUCAUCCUUUGGUGAAUUAAGUUCAUCUUUUAAGAUACAGGUAAAGGGACCCCUGACCGUUAGGUCCAGUCACGGACGACUCUGGGGUUACAGCGCUCAUCUCGCUUUAUUGGCCAAGGGAGCCGGCGUACAGCUUCCAGAUCAUGUGGCCAGCAUGACUAAGCCUCUUCUGGCGAACCAGAGCAGUGCAUGGAAACGGUGUUUACCUUCUUGCCAGAGCGGUACCUAUUUAUCUACAGUGGUGCCUCGCAAGACAAAAUUAAUUCGUUCCGCGAGUUUUGUCGUCUUGCGAUUUUUUCGUCCUGCGAAGCACGGUGUCGGGAAAGUUUUGGAAAAGCUUCAAAAAUCACCAAAGUCUUUAAAAACCUCAAAAAAGGCUACCACACCGCGUUCUAUGAGUUGCUCCUCGAAGUCAAGUCGCAACUGUAUUAACGGUGUUAAGAAAAAGGAAACAAACUUGCAAGACGUUUCCAUCUUGCGAAGCAAGCCCAUAGGGAAAAUCGUCUUGCGAAGCAGCUCAAAAAACAAAAAACCCUUUCGUCUAGCGAGUUUUUUGUCUUGCGAGGCAUUCAUCUUGCGAGGUACCACUGUACUUGCACUUUGACGUGCUUUCAAACAGGUUGGCAGGAGCAGGGACCGAACAACGGGAGCUCAUCUCGUUGCGGGGAUUCGAACUACCGACCUUCUGAUCAGCAAGCCCUUAGGCUCUGUGGUUUAGACCACAGCACCACCCGCGUCCCUCAUUUCAUCACAUGUAAUAGUAUUUAUAUAGCACCUCAGAGAUUCAGAUUUUUUCAUAUAAUUCUCAGCCUUUCAACAAUCUUGUAAGGUGGGUCUGCUUGACCUCCUGGUUGUAAAUGGGGCAGAUAACAGUAGUGGCUUGCCUAAGUCCAUUCAGUGAGUUCACAACAAACAACAAAUUUCAACUGGGAACUUUCUGGUUCUGAGUUCAGUUCCCUAUACAUGUCUAUUCAGAAGUAAUCCUCAUUGGGCACCAUUAAAAUUUCUCCCUUGUCUAUAGAAUUGCAGACUUAGGUGUUCUGCUAGACAGGCUACGUCUUAAGGGUCAGCUGCUCAACAAAUAAUCAUUGUUGCUUUUCUCAGUCAUCGACUGCUGUCUUGUAUCACGUCUUUGUAAACGCUUGUGAUCAAAUUACAUCAUACGCUUAAAACCACUUGGCCUUUUGUGUUAAAGGUACCUUAAGUAUCUCACAAAGAAGUAUCUCAAGAAGAACAAUCUCCGUGACUGGCUACGCGUGGUUGCGUCUGACAAGGAGACCUACGAACUGCGUUAUUUCCAGAUCAGCCAUGAUGACGAAGGGUCUGAAGCCGAGGAGUAGAAUAAGCUUUUAUGUGGAGCAUUGUCUUCCCUGGUGCACGGCGUGUACACAUGAAUCAUCUAUUUAUGAGAAUGAAAUCAUUUGUUACCAAAGAAAAAUUGUACACUGACUUUACUUAUAGAUUGCUGUGGGCACCUGGGAUUUGUUGUGUUUCAAAAGUUUCAUUAAAGGAGCCUCCUGAUAAAUUAUAAUCUGCAGUUCUCUUGUGGACAUGACAUGAGGUUUUGCCUACCUCAUGGGGGUUGACCUGGCUUGUGUGACGGAGACCUGGGUGUGCGAAGGGGAAACUGUUACCUUAUGAGAGAU